AUGGAACUCACUUUGAAAGACAUAACAUACUUGAAUCAGGAUCCCUUAUUCAAUACUCCUCUUAAAUUGUUAAUUAGAAAUGUCAUUGACAUUAGUCCACACAAGGAAUUUAAAGAUCUCUAUCAACAUUAUGAUCAUAUUGUACGCUAUGCUGAAGUCUGUGGUGUAAUUGUUGGAAUUGAACAAAAUUAUUAUGGUCAUACAUACACAGUGGAUGAUUCCACGGGACUUCUGGAUUGUCAUUAUUGGAAGCUUAUGGAUAGCGAACCGCUUGCUUUCAAUCUCAGUCAGACAGUGCGUUUAAGAGGAAAGCUAAGCGACUAUCGAGAAAAACGGCAAUUGAUAAUUGAUGAUAAAGAGCUUGUAGAAAAUAUGGAAGAGAGUGUCCAUUGGGUUGAGGCUUUACACUUGGAUAAGUAUUAUCGAAAAUCAUAUAUGCUACCCUCACUACCAGAAUCUUCAGAUAUACAAAGCGAAGAAGAUCCCUUUGAAUCUGCACUGCUAGCUUAUUGGCGAAAACACCCGGAUGAUGUUUAUUCUUUCGCGGAAGUCUGUCAAGACCCAGAUUUGGUAGAGUUGGCUCACAAGCUUUUGUCCGAAGUAUCAGGAUGGGGAGUGACUGAACACGAUUUGGUCGAGCUUUUUUCUUCAACUACCAAAGCACUUGCAAGAGCUGGAUAUCUUGCUCCAGCUGGUUCAUCAGAAAGUAAUCUUUAUAGGCUAAUGACUCCAAAAGAACUUGAAAAGGGUGUUCUCAAAAUUAUAAACGAAAUUUGUGAACUAAUGGAUCUUGGUAUACGCAAGAACUACAUUAUCGAGCGAUUCCGCAAGUACCCCGCUUUUUGCUUUGUCGAGGAUAGUACUAUCAUAUCCAUUAUUAAGUCUCUUUUGGAGCAAAGUGUCCUGUAUGAGUCUGACUAUAAUGUAUACAAGAUCGUCGUCUGA